UGGACUAUGGCACUCUACAGUUUCUUUCUUUCCUUGGAGGGGUAGUUCCUCUUUACAGCAAACUUUAUGAUUCUAACAAAGUACUAAGGAGGCUGCUAGAGUGACUCUGCAAAGAAGAGGAAGUCAGGGAGAGGAAUGGUCGCAGUGACUCAGGGGAGACAGCUCGGUGAGGGAGGGGAGAAUGUGCACAGCAGCCCAGGAGAUGAACCCUGAAUGUCCUGGAAAAGGACCAUGGAUGUAGCUACUGCGGAGUGCCUGAAGGGGUUUCCUGCAAGGUAGAAGCAAGCAUCUGGUCAAGCUCAGAAGAAAAAAGACCGUAGAUCCAAACUGAUAUGAUCAAAAUGACUGAAAAGGCCCCAGAACCACACCUGGAGGAGGAUGACGAGGAUCUGGAUGGCAAGCUCAAUUACAAGCCUCCGCCACAGAAGUCCCUCAAAGAGCUGCAGGAGAUGGACAAAGAUGAUGAAAGUCUCGCUAAAUACAAGAAAACGCUCCUGGGGGAUGGUCCCGUGGUAGCAGAUCCAUCUGCUCCCAACGUCACUGUCACCCGGCUCACCCUGGUGUGUGAGAGUGCUCCAGGACCGAUCACCAUGGACCUCACUGGGGACCUUGAAGCCCUCAAGAAAGAAACCUUUGUGUUAAAGGAAGGUGUUGAGUACAGAGUCAAAAUUCAUUUCAAAGUGAACAGGGAUAUUGUGUCAGGCUUGAAAUAUGUUCAGCACACCUAUCGGACCGGGGUGAAAGUGGAUAAAGCAACAUUUAUGGUUGGCAGCUAUGGGCCUCGGCCAGAGGAGUAUGAGUUCCUGACUCCCGCUGAGGAGGCCCCCAAGGGCAUGCUGGCCCGAGGCACUUACCACAAUAAGUCUUUCUUCACCGACGAUGACAAGCACGACCACCUCACCUGGGAGUGGAACCUGUCCAUUAGGAAGGAGUGGACAGAAUGAGUGCCUCUGCCCGUCCCUCCCCUGCCCUGGCCGCCUGAGCGAUGCUCUCGUUCCUGUCACCAGCGUGCCCCUCCUCCCUGUUCGCAGCCGGGGCUCAGCUCCGAUACUCUCCACGUUCUCUUAUUGACGCAUCUUAUCCUGCACUGUCUCUCAAAGUGGUCCUUAGCAUAAGAUGCUUAAAACCCAGGCUUUACUCCUGCCUACUCCUUCUGACCCCCCUCAUGGCCAGAUCUUCAAAGUUCUCUCCCUCAAAACACAAUCAUUUAAUAACUCUUUCUCUUACUCCCAUUUGAGCAACGAGAGGCCAGGAAAUGGGUCAACUGCCCCUCAGAGUCCCUUGGCCUUGGCUUCCAGUAGUUCAUCCCCCCUGUGGAUCCUUAUGUGGUUGCUGCUGGCUCAACAAAAGUCCCUAAUCACAUUCCCUGCCAGUUGGGGUUCUUUUCUGGAAGACACUGUAAAUGGCAUAAGACAGAAAAUAAAACAGUUGUAUGAUCUGA